GCGGAUGGCGCCGCGGGGCGGCGAGGGCGCGGUGGGGGCGGAGGCCCAGGCCCGGGGCGGCGGCGGCGGCGAUGACGGCGCGGAGCCGACGGCUGAAUCGGGCCGCCACCCCCCCCCGGCUGAGGGAGGAUGGGGCGGAGCGAAAGGGACGCGUUUCCGGCCAGCUCAGCGGCUGCCUUCCGCUCCCGCUGCCCCGCGGUAGGCUCCGCGCGGAGCGCCGGGACCCGCCGAGCCCGCCCGCCGCCCCCGCCUCGCAGGGCGACGCCGACUGCCGGCAGCUGCCGCAGAGCCCUGGCGAGGAAGGCCGAGGCGACUACGAGGCGUACCGUGAGGCGCCGCUCUCCGCCGCCAUGUUGAACAUCUUCCGCUCCAUCCCCACGCAGAUGGACUACAAGGGCCAAAAAUUAGCAGAACAGAUUUUUCAAGGAAUCAUUCUUGUCUCUGCAAUAAUUGGUUUCAUCUAUGGAUACAUCACUGAACAGUUUGGAUGGACUGUCUACAUAGUAAUGGCUGGAUUUGCUUUAUCGUGUUUGCUAACACUCCCUCCAUGGCCUAUGUACCGCCGCAAUCCUCUGAAGUGGCUACCUGUCCAAGAGUCGGGAACAGAAGAAAAGAAGCCAGCAGACAGAAAGCCAAAGAGACAUUCUAAAAGCUAAAAAAAUGUGGUUCUUUGUGCUGUUACUUUGUUGAAUUUUGUUAAAUGCAUUUCCACUGGAAGAUA